GUAGGAAGUGGAAAACCCGAUGGAAUGUCAAUAAAAGGAGCCAUCAAGUAUGGAUAUCUUCACGUCUGUAAACUCGACCCCAGCCUGAAACCGGAGGCUUUGGUUGAACAUCUCAACACCAAUGGUUUCAAUAACAUAAUAUGUGAAAAAUUGGAAUCCAAGAGACCAGAAGAAUACUCCUCUUUUAAGUUAACUGUACCUGCUCAGAAUUUCGAAGAAAUCAAGAACCCUGCUUUAUGGCCAGAAGCUGUCACGGAGCACUGGCAGAGUACUGCGGAACUGGAGGCACUUGCAAUCGAUGGUUUCAAAUUGGCAUCUAAAUACUGUAGACCGAUAAACUGUCAUGGUGAAUGCGCAGUUUAUUGUAGAGAUGGAAUCGUGUACAAGGAACGUUUUGAUUUCGUGAAUAUCAGCAUCCCGUACGUAUUUGAGUGUUCUGCGAUUGAAACAACUAUAAACAAUGUACAGUUAACAAUAAUUUCUAUAUAUCGACCAAAUAGCUAUCCCAGAUGUGAUAUCAAUUUGUUUUUUGAAAAACUUUACCAUCUUCUUGAAAAACUCACUAAUUCCAAUAGUCAUUAUAUAAUAGCUGGAGAUUUUAAUAUAAACAUACUUGCCAAUACCUCUGAAACUCAAAAAUUUAUAUCAAUUCUCGAAGGCUUUGGUGCAAGUCUUUCAGUUCAUGAACCAACCCGGAUUACAUCCAACUCUGCUACUUGUAUCGACAAUUUUAUAACGAAUUUAAACAGUUAUGAUGCCAUUGUUGUUCCAUCCCAUAUAUCAGAUCAUACAUCCCAGUUAUUGUCUUUUCCUGUUGGUGAAGCUGAUUUUAAAUCCGUCCCAAAGCAAAUUCGCCUGAUUAAUGUAAUAAUCUCAGAUGAGGUCAUCAGGACUGCGAAGGCUAUGGAAAACAAAGGUUCUUUUGGAUAUGAAGGAAUACCCAUGACAGUUAUCAAGAGGUCAAUUGAAGUUGUUGCGAGACCGGUAGCUCAUAUAAUGUAUAUGGCAUUCAAAGAGGGUGUCUUCCCAGAAUCUCUCAAGAUAGCUGUUGUAAAACCAUUCUAUAAGAAAGGGAAUAGAGAUGAUCUUGAUAAUUAUCGUCCGAUAAGUCUGCUUACUUCAUUUUCAAAAUUAUUCGAAAAGGUUCUGACAAGGAGCACGGAAACCGCUAUAUUUGAACUGACGAGAUCGAUUCUUAGAGCACUGGAGGGCGGUGAGAUUUCGGCGGGGCUAUUCCUCGACUUCUCCAAAGCUUUUGACUGCGUCAUCCAUGACAUAUUAAUUGAUAAACUUUACAGCUACGGUAUCAGAGAUAAACAACUUGAUCUGAUUAGGAGCUAUCUGGAGGGUAGAGUCCAGAGAGUAUCCAUGGAGAUCGAUGGUGCUAUCUUCAUUUCGGACGAUGAAAUCUUGCGCUUUGGGGUACCUCAGGGGAGUAUCGCGGGACCAUUAUUUUUUCUGGUUUAUAUAAAUGACCUGCCAGAGUACAUUUUCAUCGAGGAGCCCAUUAUGAUGAACGCAAUUUUUCAAGUAAAUGCAAUUGACGGAGAGGAAGGGAACCGCUAUAUGAUAGAAGAAAAGGAGGAUGGCGAAGACGUAGUCCUGCGUAUGCGGAUGAUACUAAUAUAUUGGUUGCGGCUACCAACAUAUCUGAGGUAG